AUUACCGGGCACGCGGUAUAAAAAACGGAGGUAUAAAAAACGGAGCCCGCUGCGUGCUGGGUGAAAGAAGUCGACCGGUGUAUUCGGAACGUAAGGACACCGUGGAGCACUAUAUCACCUCGGAGGUCCCAUACGGGUCAUGACCGCGGUCCUAUUCUGGAGUACUGGUUGAGUCUGAAAUUGGAUCCCCAUAUUAAUAAAAUGGCCUGGGGUGUAAGGUCUUGAUGAACACUUUUACCACAGACAUGAACUCUGAAAAGCCCAAUUUUCUAUCACAACCUGUGGUGAAGAACAUUUUCGUGUAUCGAAAUGGAGAUCCCUUUUACGAGGCACGUCGUUUAGUGGUAAACCAAAAGCGGGUGUGCAAUUUUGACACUUUUCUUCGGGAAGUCACCGGGGGUGUGCAAGCUCAGUUUGGAGCGGUUCGGAACAUUUACACACCCAGAAUGGGUCACCGGGUGGCCUGUUUGGACCAUUUGCAGAGCGGAGAACAAUAUGUCGCCGCCGGCAGAGAGAAAUUCAAGAAACUGGAUUACUCACAGAUAGGAUCCAAAAAGAAAAGGAUGCUUCAAACUAAUUCUGUGCAGGCUAAACCGCUCCCCCAGAACCGAAUGGUCGCAUCAGCAAGAUUUCUGAAACCCAUCAAAGAACCCUGUGCGAUUUUCGUGGUGGCGAACGGCGAUGUGUUGAACCCAGCUGUUAGGCUGCUCCUCCCCCAGCGGAUACUGGGCCAGUAUGACAGGGUGCUGGAAAUGAUCACGGACAAGAUGGGCCUGAGGAUCCUGGGAGGCGUCAGGAGCCUUUACACCUUGGAUGGCAAUCAUGUCAACAAUGGAAAGGACCUGGAGAAUGGCCAGUUUUAUGUGGCUGUGGGGAGAGACAAGUUCAAAAGACUUCCUUACAGUGACCUCCAAUUCGCCAAGCCCAGAGGAACACGCAGGAUUAUAACAUCCAAAGCUUCCUCAUUACCCCCUAUUUACAGAUUUGGAAAACAUAAUGACAAUGGAGGCACCAAUCAUUAUAGCAGGUCCAUGGUACAGUGUGACAAGCCAGCCAAGACCUCUUCCUGUGACAAGGACCUUGUGUCAGCUGUCGUCAGGGAGACGUCCCGGCAGAGACUAAUGAUCCUCAGGAAUAAGAGGAGGGGCAUCAGCAUCUCCUUGGCAACACAGGACAACGAUGACGAGCAGAAAGAGGAAGCAGAAAGCCCCGAAGAGAAUGACGACUCAUCUCCAUGGAGUAACCGGUUCACUGAAGAUAGGCCGACAGAGGACGGUAAAGCCUCCUCUGACACAGAGGAGAGUCUAGAGGGGAGACGGGAAAAUAAAGAGACUACCGUGAACUCCACAGAGGAACCACAAGAUAAUAAAGAGGAAGUGGCUCCUAGGAGCACAGAGGAGGUCUCAGACCAUGAGGAGAACCAGGACUCUGUAGACCAAGCCGAGGGGGUCUCGGACCAUGAGGAGAACCAGGACUCUGUAGACCAAGCCGAGGGGGUCUCAGACCAUAUGGAGAACCAGGAGUCUGUAGACCAAGCCAAGGAGGUCUCAGACCAUGUGGAGAACCCGGAGUCUGUAGACCAAGCAGAGAAGGUCUCAGACCACAUGGAGAACCAGGAGUCUGUAGACCAAGCAGAGAAGGUCUCAGACCAUGUGGAGAACCAGGAGUCUGUAGACCAAGCUGAGGAAGCUGGAAACUCUCCAGCCAAGGAUGGAGAGGAGGGAGAAGGGAAUGAGGGAGAAAAUGACAGAAAAAAGGAUGAAGAAAAGGACAGUGAGACAGAAGCAGGGGGGGAGGAGAAUGCAGUUGAUACUGCCGAGGGAUCAGGGAUCAGAAAUGAGAAAGAAAAUACAAAGAGAGAUGAAGAGGUAGAUGCUGCAGAGACAGAAGGGCUGGAAACUGGAGAGACCGGAGGAGGGGAAACUGGAGAGACUGGAGGAGGGGGAACAGGAGAGACCGGAGGAAGGGAAACAAAAGAGACCGGAGGAGAGGAAACAGGAGAGACCGGAGGAGGGGAAACGGGAGAGACCGGAGGAGGGGAAAAGGGAGAGACCGGAGGAGGGGGAACAGGAGAGUCCGGAAGAAGGGAAACAAAAGAGACCGGAGGAGAGGAAACAGGAGAGACCGGAGGAGGGGAAACGGGAGAGACCGGAGGAGAGGAAACAGGAGAGACCGGAGGAGGGGAAUCAAAAGAGACCGGAGGAGAGGAAACAGGAGAGACCGGAGGAGGGGAAUCAAAAGAGACCGGAGGAGAGGAAACAGGAGAGACCGGAGUAGAGGAAACAGGAGAGACCGGAGGACAACAGGAUGAGCAUGACAAUCAAGAAUAG